CCUAAAUCCAAAUCCGAACCGCUAACUGCCUUCGCCAACCAUUCUCAGCUCUGCGCCCUAAUUUGUUCCUUCUCAUCUCCCUCCGGCGAACUUCUCCACGUUCUCGUAAUAAUCCGGCUGUAUCGAAUUUUGUUGUUAUUUGCCAAGUAGCUGAGUGGAAUAGAAGAUCAUGGAAGAAGAAUUAACUGAUUUGCUCUUGGAGGCAGCCGGUAGAACGAACACGGGUGGAAGGAACCGCCCGCCUCCAUCGUCUAGAAGGCAUCACAAGAGUUCUUAUUCUGACGAUGGAAGUGAUUCCAGGGACGAUGAUUCUGAUGAUGAUCGUGGGUAUUCGAAUAGAAAGCUUUCCGGUUCGCAAGUGCCUCUCAAGAAGAGAUUGGACCCUCCGGAAAGAGAUGAUGAUCGUAGCAGUCACGGAGAAGGUGACGAUGAUGGAGAUGGUUAUGGGGAUGAGCGCGAUAGUGAUGAUGAUUCUAUUGGCAGUGAUCUUUACAAGGACGAAGAAGACAGGCAAAAGCUUGCUCAGAUGUCGGAACUGGAUAGAGAAAUGAUAUUGACUGAUCGUGCAUCGAAGAAAUCUGACAGGAGUCUGCAGGAAAAAAUUUCUGGAAAAAUUAAGAAUAGGAGCCAACCCAGGAAACCAAGUUCACCCCCUUCACAUUCACGUGGCAUGCGCUCAUCAACAAGAGCUUUGGACAGGGCAGCUGAUAGAGAUGAUGCAUUGAAUGAGAUACGAGCAAAACGAGCAAGACAGCAGGAUCCGGAGGGUAACUGGAAACUGAGGGAUGCAGGUCGAAAAGGUUCUGGAGGCAGGGGUUAUUCACCGGUCAAACGUAGAAGCUUUACAGCUGCAGCCCUGGGUAGUAGUCCUACCAGGGGGGAAAGCGAUUCACGCAGUAAUGAGGGAGAUUCAUCAGGCGAUGAUGGAAUGGAUGACAGUGAUGAUGACAAAUCACCAGAGUCACAGUUGCCAACGUUUGAGGAUAUAAAAGAAAUCACCAUUCGGCGGUCAAAACUGGCGAAAUGGUUUAUGGAGCCCUUCUUUGAUGAGUUAAUUGUGGGUUGUUUUGUAAGAGUUGGCAUUGGGAGGUCAAGGUCUGGUCCUAUCUAUAGGCUCUGUAUUGUCCGCAAUGUUGAUGCCACAGAUCCUAAUCGACAGUACAAGCUAGAAAAUAAAACCACAUUCAAAUUUCUAAAUCUUGUUUGGGGAAAUGAUAGCUCUGCCGCUAGGUGGCAGAUGGCUAUGGUUUCAGACUCUCCUCCUCUAAGGGAUGAGUUUGAUCAGUGGGUAAAGGAAGUAGAACGAAGUGGUGGUCGUAUGCCCAGUAAACAAGAUGUGUUGGAAAAAAAAGAGGCCAUACAGAAGUCUAACACAUUCGUUUACUCUGCUGACACUGUAAAGCAGAUGUUGCAGCAGAAAAAAUCUGCAACAUGGAGGCCACUCAAUGUAGCUGCUGAGAAGGAUCGUUUGAGAAGGGAGAUGGAAGUGGCCAAAAUGAAGAAUGAUGAGGCAGAGGUUGAGAGGAUUAGGGCAAGACUGCAGGAACUGGAGGCUAGCAGGAAGGCCCAAGAGAAAGAUGACAAGGCCCGCAGGCUGGCUGAGAUGAACCGAAAGAAUAGGGUCGAGAAUUUCAAGAAUGCAUCAGAACUCAGACCAGUGAAUCAACUGUUAAAAGCUGGUGAGGCUGGGUAUGAUCCCUUUUCGAGAAGGUGGACUAGGUCUACGAAUUAUUUUGCAAAAAGUGCUAACGAAGCAGCAGAAGGUGCAUCAAAUGGUGAAGCUGCUGCUGCAUUGGCAGUUGUAGAUAAUAAUGGGGCUGGUGGUAUUGCCGACGGAGGAAUGGCAGCUACAGCAGCAGCCUUGCAGGCUGCAGCAGGUGCUGGAAAGUUGGUGGAUACUAUUGCUCCAGUUGAUCUUGGAACUGAAUCAAAUACGCUACAUGAUUUUGAUCUGCCUAUCUCAUUGGCUGUGCUUCAGAAGUUCGGAGGGCCUCAAGGAUCCCAAGCAGGAUUUAUGGCUCGAAAACAGAGGAUAGAAGCAACUGUUGGAUGUAGAGUUCCUGAGAAUGAUGGGAGAAGACAUGCACUAACUUUAAGUGUCAGCGACUACAAGAGAAGGAGAGGGCUCCUUUGAGAUGUACUGCUGUUACCACUUCCAAGCUGGUCUAUGCUUUUGUUAUUAAGCCAACUGGAUUGUCCUUCCCUUUGGAUUGUUGUUACUGGGGAUUUACUUACAAACUGUGAAACUAGAGUGCACUUUUAACUGUUAUAUCAAGUAUUUUGAAAUUGUUCUUGGCUUUUUGCUUUUAUUGCAAAAGACCUAUUGGUAGCUACCAGGGGCCUUUUGAGCUUUACUGAGAACAUCACUCUUAUACUUCUAAUAUUUCGA